AUGGGAGAAGAAUCGCCGUCGCAGGAGCAAAUACCACAUGCCUACUCCAGCGAUCACUUCUCAGAUCUCCGGUUCAUCCCUUCGUUGGACUUGCACUGCCGGCCCCCUCUCCCUCUCCCUCUCCAACGGUGCAUCGUCACACUCCCCGGCGACUCUUCCCACGUCUCCUCGCUAUUAGUCAACGGGGGCUCCCUCUACAGCGGCUCCUCUAACGGGAAGAUCAGAUCAUGGCGGCUCAAGGGGAGCUUCUCCGAAAACGGCAUUAUCGUCGCCGCUUCCCGAAGUGGAGUCAAGUCCAUGGUCGUCGCCGGAAACAGGCUCUUCACCGCCCACCACGACCAUAAAAUCCUCGUCUGGAGGAUCGCCGCCAGGUUUGGCCGCCGCUACCGCCUCUCCUCCACGCUCCCCACCGCCGGCGACAAGUUCCUCAGCCUGCUCUCGCCGGAGAACUACGUGGAAGUGCGGCGGCAUAGGAGAACCACCUGGGUCAACCACGCCGACGCCGUCUCCUCCGUCGCCUUCUCCGACGACGGCGCCGUCCUGUACUCCGUUUCCUGGGAUCGGACUCUCAAAGUAUGGCGGGUGGCCGACGGCAGGUGCUUGGAAUCGGUGGCCGGAGCCCACCAGGACGCCAUCAACUCGGUCACGGCGGCGGCCGACGGCGCCGUCUACACCGGAUCGGCGGACGGCACCAUCAAUGUCUCCACUGUUCUUGAUCAAGGUUCUCAAUGUUCUCAAUCCUUAAUCUUCUGUGAUCUAACGUGAAGAAAGCAGGUAUGGAGGAGGUGUCGGGGGGAGAAGAAGCACUCUCUAGCCGCCACGCUAGAACGGCACAAGUCUGCGGUCAACGCGCUUGCAUUGAGCCCCGACGGGCGGGUGCUCUACUCCGGCGCCGGCGACCGGUCAGUUGUCGUCUGGGAGACCGGCGGCGGAGCGUCUUCUUCCGGCAUAGCGGUGGCGGGAGCUCUCAGGGGCCACAGCGGCGCCGUUCUGUGCCUAGCGGCGAUGGCAGAGCUGGUGUGCAGUGGGUCGGCGGACAUGACGGCGAGGGUCUGGUGGCGGAAAGGGGCGGCGGAGUACUCCUGCCUGGCAGUGCUCCGAGGACACAGAGGACCGGUGAAGUGCGUGGCGGCGGCGACAGCUGAGCAAGACGAGAACGCGGCGGCCGUCGGCGGAGGCGUCUGCCACGCCAUCUACACCGGCAGCCUGGACGGCGAUAUAAAAGUCUGGAGAGUCUGUGCUCCAUGA